AUGCCUGCCUCACGCCGAGCGGUCAACUACGUAUUCCUGGCUCUGUUGCUAGGAUCUGUCGCGCUCUUUUUGACGAGACAUGCGCGUUCACGAGAAGCAUUGUCCGAGGCAGCGGGCAAGCUUCACGAAGUAGGAUCGAAGGUGAUCUACUACUACUCUUCUCCCGAAACUGCAGGCCAACCAGAGCCCGAACAAGAUGAACAUGAAACGACGGCAACUCCGUCGAUCUCCGACAAGAUUCCCCUCCCAAACCUUCAUUCUGAAUCUCCAUUCAAAUCUACCGAAAUAGUGCCCCCCGAGGAAGGCAUUCCUACGCAAGCUUCCGGCGUGACUCACGAUGUGCUAGAUGAAUCAAUCUACUCAUCCGGACUGUCGGAGCUAUGUCGGGCGACUAAAUGGACCGAGGGUUUUUGGCUUCACUGCCACAGCCAGUGCGGUGAUGACAAGACUUCCUUUUGCGGAGGUUUGACCAACGCGCGAAACAGAAUCCAGACCUGUCUCCGUCUGGCGAUCGAUGCCGGCGCGAGCGUUAUCAUCCCGGCAGUGACUGCGAGAGCAGAAGACGACCUCUUGAAUACGAACGACCAUGCGGUCUGCCCAGAUGAGUGGUGGGAUACUGAGAAGCUCCAAGUCACUCUGAAAACUCAAUGCCCGCACCUGAAAACGCAGUUCUGCGACACCAAAUUGGCCAGCGCGACACGAUUGCAACCUGACUAUAGGCACUACUUAGCGGGAGGACAUACCAACGGUACCUUUCGGGCACUGGCGGAGUCGACUUUGAAAAGUAACAAUAUUCAGCAAGGCAACAUUAGCGCAAAGAAGCCGGUUAUCAUCGAGUUCGGAGACACGUACAUAGCCUGGGACUACGCCCGCAGUGAAGAAACGGCCUCAAUCCGCAAGGAUCUCUUUAAAACUCUCAAGUACAACUCUACGCUCCUGGCAUUGGGACAGGAAAUCUUGAAAAGCCCAGAGCUGAAGAAGGAGAACUUCAUUGGUGUGCACCUUCGUGGUGAGGGCGACUGGCCAGCUGGCUUCGGCUCCGCCACGGACCAGAUGCGCCGUUACGUUGAGGCCAUUGAGGAUAUCCGAGGAAGCACGCCGGAUAAGGUGAGAAGCGUCUACGUGAGCUGCGGUGACCGCAAGGCUAUCCAGACAUUCCGGGAGAUGCUUGAGCCUCUGAACUACCUGGUGCACGAUAAGUGGACUUUGUUGGCGUCGCAAUCCGAGAAGCUGGCAACUGUUGAGUCGUUGGGUUUCGAUCAGAAGGGCAUAGUAGAGUAUGAGGUUCUCGUCAACGCGAAGUUCUGGAUGGGCAUUAGCAUGUCAUCAAUGUCGUCGCUCAUUGCGUACGCACGUACAGCCGAUGCCAAGGAGGAUUUUUUCGAGAAAUACAUCUUUCCGGGAAGUACCCUGAACGGUAUUAACCGAGUCUACGAAGACAACAUGGUAAUCAAGGGCGACGAAUACACAAAACUACUGGUUGUCAGUGGCGUGGAUAUCAUGGGAUCGUUCCCAUGA